CUUUAUUUAUAUAAUUGUGCAUUAUUAUAAUUGUGCAAUAUGGCUUCUAAAGUGCUUUAUCUUAAUGGGUUUGAUGAGUUAAACAAUUUGAUUGGAUAUCUUAAAAUUGAUCGUAAUCAUUGUAAAAUUGAAAGAAAGAAAAAAAAUAACGAGGAUGGGCCUGUUAUAGUUGAUAGCAAUCAUGCUUUAUUAGGACUUAUUACCGUUGUAAAGUCAUUGGCAGGUCAAUCUAAGCAGUGCUUAUUAGGUGAAGAUGAACUAACACAAGCUGAAGUUGACCAAUGGUUAUAUUUUUGUCAAUUUAAUUUAGCAUCUGCCGAUAGCUUUCAAUUAAGAAAUGCAUUAAAAGAUUUAAACAAACAUCUUGAAAGUCGCGCUUACAUAGCUGGCUAUAAGUUAACUUUAGCAGACAUUUUCUUGUACAUUUACAUCCAUAAAGAAUAUAAAAGCGUAUCUUUUGCUGAAAAAGAAAAUUUCAUGAACGUAUCACGCUGGUUUAACCAGGUUCAGCACAUUCCUCAUUUACAGCAGAAGCUGCAGAAUGUUUUGUUCCAUCGUACCAAGCUUUAUUAGCAUUGUUGUUGUUCAUGUAAAUUGUAUGUAACAAGUUUGUGAAAAUUAUGAAUUAAAAAGAUUGAUUAAGCAAA